CUCCGGCUGUGGGAGUGGUGGGUUUGCCCUCCUCCCUGAAUAUCUUUCCCUCUCUCUCUCUCUCUCUGUCUGUCAGUGUGUCUUUACCUCUCUCGCCCCUCCCUGUCACUCUGUCCUCUCAGUCUUCAACAGAAGCAGAAGUCUCAACAGCCGCCAAAAUGUUUGGGGUGGGUUCUUUCAUCAAAGGCAUUAUUAAUGUCGUGAGCAACAUCGACCCCGGUCAGUUUGUGCCUUCAGACCCGCCUCCACCUCGCAGACCUCUGAACUUCGCUGAGUCUCACGAGAGCGAUGAGGAGAAGAACUUCCGGAGAGUUUUCCAGAAGCUGGCCGGAGAUGACAUGGAGGUGAGUCCCAAUGAGCUGAUGGAAAUCCUCAACAAAGUCCUCAGCAACCAUGAAAGCCUGAAGACUGACGGCUUCAGCAUCGAGUCCUGCAGGAGCAUGGUCGCUGUCAUGGACAGCGACAGCACAGGGAAACUGGGCUUCCACGAGUUCAAAUACCUGUGGAACAACAUCAAGAAGUGGCAGGGCAUCUAUGUGUCCCAUGAUGCCGAUGGUUCAGGUGUGAUCUGCUCUAAAGAGCUGCCGAAAGCCUUCAAGGCUGCAGGUUUCCCUCUGAACGACCAGCUCUACAAGCUGAUUAUCCGUCGCUAUAGCGAUGAGCACGGCGACAUGGACUUUGACAAUUACAUUGGCUGCCUGGUGCGACUGGACGCCAUGUGCAGGGCCUUUAAGACUCUGGAUAAGGACAACAGCGGCUCCAUUGAUCUGGACAUAAAGGAGUGGCUCCAGCUGACCAUGUAUUCAUGAAGUGACGGCGGGAAGCUUCUCCUCUUCGUUCGUCUCAUCCCCCACUCCCUCCCUUUCCACUUGUGUGUGCUUACGGAAGUGCAAUGCUGUUUGAAACCCCACCGUCUCCACGGUAACAGGACCAAAAUGCCAGAAGGGCAGAGCUAAAGUCAGGGGAGAAAACUCGGACCAAAGUCGAGCCGAUGCUGCUGCUGCACUGUCCUGCUGCUGCCAGGCGGCGGCGCUACGACAUCUCCAUGUUACAGAUUUCUAUGUUUGAUGUUUUGGGGCAAAUUUGAAAAGUUCUUCAUUUUUAUUGGGCUGAAAUCGAGUGUUUAAGAGAAUAAAGUGACACAGCUGACAUUCA